AUGAACUUAUUUCAAGCUGUCAAUGAUGCCAUGUCAAUUGCACUCACCACAGAUAGUACUGCAGUUGUUUUUGGUGAAGAUGUAUCAUUUGGUGGUGUAUUCAGAGCUACAAGCGGACUUGCAGAACAAUUUGGAAAAGAUAGAGUAUUCAAUACACCUUUGACUGAACAAGGUAUUGCCGGAUUUGCAGUAGGUAUGGCAUCGGUUGGCCAUACUGCAAUUGCCGAAAUUCAGUUUGCAGACUAUAUCUUCCCUGCUUUUGAUCAGAUUGUCAAUGAAGCAGCAAAGUACAGAUAUCGAUCUGGAAAUCUGUUUAAUGUUGGAGGCAUGACAGUUCGAUCCCCUUGUUCAGCUGUAGGACAUGGUGGUCUUUAUCACAGUCAAAACCCAGAAGGUUUCUUUGCUCACUGUCCUGGAAUCAAGGUUGUUACACCGCGUAGCCCAAUUCAAGCCAAAGGACUUUUGUUGGCAUCAAUCCGAGACCGAAACCCCGUCAUUUUCUUUGAACCAAAGGUUCUUUACCGAGCCGCAGUUGAGGAAGUACCUAUUGGAGACUAUGAAUUGCCACUUGGAAAAGCAGAAGUAUUGAAGCGUGGUACAGAUGUUACUAUUGUGGGUUAUGGAUCUCAGAUUUAUGCUCUCGAAAAUGCAAUCCAACUUGCUGAGAAGCGAUUACCAGGAAUUAGCUGUGAGCUUAUCGAUCUGCGUACAAUCUUACCUAUGGAUAUUGAAACAGUCGUUGCAUCGGUCAAGAAGACAGGACGUCUUGUAAUUGCUCACGAAGCACCAAAGACAGCUGGUGUAGCAGCCGAAUUGUCUGCGAGUGUGAUGGAACAUUGUUUCCUAAAUCUCGAAGCACCUAUACAGCGUGUUUGCGGUUGGGACACACCGUUCCCGCUUGCCUUUGAACAUUUUUAUCUGCCUAAUAUGGUUCGAUGCUACGAUGCCAUCAAAACCGCAGUAGAGUAUUAG